AUGGCGGCCGCCGCUGCGGUCCGUGCUCUGAGCGUGAGGCUCGGUAAAGUCGCUCCGGACUGCACCGUCUGUCCGUUUUACCGGCUGAAUAUGUGCAGCGGAGUCGUGCUGACUUCAGCCAGAGGGAGAAAGGCCAUGGAGCUUUACUCGGCGCCUAACAGACAACUGCAGACCUCCAUCAAUCGACACCAGAGUGAGGAGGGCAGAUCUAACGUUGAGGACACAGACGAGGAUGUCGUUAAUGUGGUGUUUGUUGACCGGUCUGGAAAGAGAAUCCCAGUGAAGGGUAAAGUAGGAGACAACGUCCUGUAUUUAGCGCAAAAACAUGGCAUAGAACUUGAAGGGGCUUGUGAGGCAUCCUUGGCUUGCUCCACCUGUCAUGUUUAUGUGAAAGAUGAAUACUAUGAUAAACUCCCCGAACCUGUAGAAAGGGAAGACGACAUGUUGGACAUGGCCCCUGUGCUGCAGGAGAACUCACGACUGGGUUGCCAGAUCAUUUUGACGCCCGAGCUUGACGGCAUGGAGCUGACCCUUCCCAAGGUCACACGAAACUUCUACGUGGAUGGCCAUGUGCCCAAACCUCACUGAGAGCGCUGGACUGAGUAAAGAGGGCAGAGGUCAGGGCUGAAGGCAGAUGUGGGAGGAGUCUUUUAUCUAGAAGGCUGAGAGUCUCCCCUUUAAAUGUGUAAGCACUGUGGAGAACACGCACUAAAAUCUAAGAUUUUACUCAGAUUUCUUCCCACAAGUGCAUUAAAAGAGUCCAUAAACAUUGAUCGGUGUCUCGAAAAUGGACACCUUCUGAUUCAAAAAGACUUGACUUCAUUUCCAGGGGUAUGUAGUAAGGAGUACAAUAUGGUAUCUGCUUAUUAAAAGGCUCUAAAAAGGCUAAUGCUUUACAGAAAGCAGAUUUGUCCUUUGCUCAGCUAGAAUGCCACAACUUGACUGGAAAUUCUAGAGUCUAUUCAGUUACAAUUGUAAAAGUUCCGUUCUAGAAUUCUGCAGGUCCAGAAGGGUCGGCCGUAGUGAAGGACACAUUCCGCGUUACGCACAGCAGUCAGACGCACAAUUACGUUUCCAGACAAUCAUUCAUAUGUGUAAAGGUAAGCUAUAGGCUAUCCAGAGAUAAACAUCACCCAGUCUUCCAUUUUGUUUUUUCAUUUCAUAAAGUUAUUUGUGAGCUUGAAAACCUAUUUACAUUAAUCUCUCCAGAGGCUUGAGGAAAUCUAAAUGGAAGUAUUGUUUGAUGGUGUUACCCCCUUAUAAGUGUAAGUUUUCCACAUGCAAAAUUGCUUUCAUAUUUCUGAAUUUCUACAUAAUGAAGUUAAGGUGUAAACAGUGUCAUUGUCAAAGUCUUAUCCACAGCGAUGGUGAUAGGAAGCAGACGUCUGAAGUGUUUAAUGCCUCUAAAAGCUACCUCACAGAAAGUUAUUACAUAAAAUGAUUGCAGGUACGCUGCCUGAUGCCUGAGACGUGUGUUUUGGCUUAAAAUGUAUUUUUUUAACAUCCAGUCACAAUGGAGAGGUACAUGCACAUUGAUAUUAGGGCAAUAAUUCCACAAAAAAGCUCCCCCCUUAAUAUUUACCAUUGUUUGACUUAGAAGACACGUGUCAUUUCCCUGUUCAUUUUGAAUAGUAAAUAAAAUCGUUAUAUUUGCCUUGUAGACAUUGUGACUCCUGGUUCCUAUCACCACCACUGUGAAGAAAUCUGAAAUGUUAAGUUUCUCUACAAUGCACAUUUCAAAUCAAACCACUCUGAAUGGCUUUGUUUACAUCUCAGUGACAGAAUUGUUCAGCAAUUUUGAAAUAUUGGUGGAGUUCCCCUUUGACUAUAAUCACAGACUAAACAGAUUUCAGUAGGCAGUGUACUUUAGUCUCUGGCCUAAACUUGUUUAGGAAAACAGACACUAGAGUUUUGGAUCUAUGAUGAACAGGUUCUCACUUCUCAGGUGAUAGAGACAUGACCUUUAAUGAACAGUGGAUCAGAGCAAGUUACCUUUGGUUAUGGAACUUCUGGUCAGUAUUAUGAGAGAGCAUUUAUGUUUGUGUAGUUCUAUAGCUUUUGAAAUGCAUUAUGGAGAUUUCACAUAUAAUGCAUAAAACCACACUAAAAGACGAAGAAACUGUGCAUUAUUGUUCUGGAUCACCUAACCUGAUACAUAGCCUUCACUUCUGCUGUACUGUAAUCGUCUAUAUAUGCGCACAACUAUGAAAACAGGCAAACAUUUCAACCUGAAUCUGUACAAGGUCUGGUAAAUAAAGUGUAGUUUUCCCUUUAAA